AUGUGCAGACGUGUGGUGCGCAAAUCCAUUGCCAGAGUCCUAACUGUUAUCAACCAGACCCAGAAGGAGAACUUGAGGAAGUUUUACAAGGGCAAAAAGUAUAAGCCUCUUGAUCUGCGGCCGAAGAAGACUCGUGCCAUGCGACGCAGAUUAAAUAAACAUGAAGAAAAUCUGAAGACCAAAAAACAGCAGCGAAAAGAACGUUUGUACCCUGUCCGGAAAUACGCCAUCAAGGCAUAAAACUGCAGUGUGCCGAAAGUUCUUAAUUAUAUUGGCUGAGUAUGUCUCAUUAAAUAGAAUUUUGUUUGGAAGCUG